CCCAAAGCAAAGAACGCCACUCAGAUCGGUCGUACCGCAGCGCGCAAACGUACGCCCGAGUCACUUUCACGUUCGAAUAAAAUAAAAAACGGAGGGAAACUCGCGCGAGAAAUCUUACAUUUUUCCCCACUAAUCAAGCAGUUAGUUAAUUGCCGCCGACAAAACGACACUCGAUAACGGACUGUUUACAAAUAUACCGUCGAUAAGGGUACACAAUCGAUACGGUGCAUGUGUGAAUCGACGCACUUGUAUUUCCUUUCUUAAACCCUUCAUUCUCUUAACCUCUUUCUAUCAGGCUUCACGUCUGUUACUACGUAAGUGGACUGUGUGUGUGAAGUGCCUCAGGGUUUUGUGGUUUUUGUUGUAAUAUGGGUAAAGCAAGAAUCGCCAUGACACUGCUCAGUACGUUGGCUGCGUUGGUUAUUAUUGUGCAUACAGCUGAGGAGGAAUACGAAAGGGCCCACAGGGGGCUGCGAGCUAGGUCUUUAGAUGUCGAGGUACCUAGCUAUGAACAGGCGUGGAGAGCUUUAGAAGAACCGAAACUACCAGAAACUCCCCAAAGUGACGCUUGGAAAGACGACACUCCAGAUGAGAUUCCCAAACGUAGAAGGACGCGUAAGAGAAAACGUCGGCCACAAAUAUCAUCAGAUGAUCUUGUAGCGCAGGAAAGACACGUAUUCCACAGCGAUGUAUUACCCCGCAAUCAAGAAUAUUUCGUUACACCUCCAGAAACGGUGAGACGUAGGAAGAAAGUUAGUCGUCACGAAACAAAAGAAGAAGAUGAAUCGAAUCGAUGGGGAGACCAACCAGGACUUGAACGCCCAGCUAGAAGACGGGGUCAUAGGCGAAAGCGUCCCGAUACGGAACAAUGGCCUAGAUUGAGUGAAUUUGACGGUUUUCGGCUUCACGAAACAAUACCUGAAGAAAAUCCAUGGAAUAAUAUAGGUAAUGAACAAUUUAUUGAUGGAACUUUAAAUGCCACCAAUGAUCAAGGCAAUAAGGAGCAGAUUGAACAAGAUGGUAGACUUCCUUAUUCACUAAACACAGAAAUAGACGAUGAGGAUGCUGCUGCACCCCAAGAUGAUCAUAAAAUUAUUGUUUCGGAACCUUUACCAACAUACAACGAUCGAUCUUUAUCAGAAUUCUCUUUGGAAUCACUUAUUAAGCCCAUUCCGGAUGAUCAAGUAAAAUUAAAGAAAGAUAAGAUAAAAGAAAAAACCAAAAAUACUAUAAGCCAAAAAGAAAAAGCAUUAUUGAAGGAUAAAGAGCCCCUUGAACCUCAGGCACUAAAGGCCAUAUUGAAACGAUCUAACGGACGAAGUUUGAGUGAAAUUUUGCAACAAAAUAACCUUUCUUUAAGUGACUUACUGCAAGGUAGGGAUAAAGCAUUGUCUAUACUUCAGACUGGCGAUUUGUCAGAGAAUCAUGAAAAAUUAAGUUACGAAAAUAAUAUCGAAUCGAACAAUAGUUCGAACAACGAUGAAGUCCAAAAUAAUCUACCAUUUACCCAAUCCGGAAGUCAGGAGCAAAAUGAUAUAAAAGAAAUAAUCGAAGAACAGCCUGUGACAGAGCAAACAUUUACAACCGAAUAUAUAGCAGACGAAACAACUACCACCCAACGAAUCGUUGAAAUAAAUUCGAAUGAUCAUAUCGAGAACACUACUCGGACUCAUACUAGACGUCGAUUUCCAUUUCAUGUACGUAGGAAAUUACGUACACGACCGUACAACAAUACGCGUAAAGUUCAAUUAAGCAGGGAUCUUAUAGCUUUAACUUCAAGAAAGUAUCAAAACAAUAGAAAUAUCCAGAAAUCUAAAGAUUGGAUUGAAUUCAUGCCAACUCAUACAAAAAAUAGAAAAAUUAAGGAAGAUUCAGAUGUAACUACAAAUAGAGAAACAAAAGAUCCCAUGGUAAGUGAGAAUAGUUUCAUAUCAACAACAGUAAUGGUAGAAGAUUCUACGCAACAAUUUCAAGAAACGGAGAAUACCGAGAUACCAACGACGCAGUCAAGCUAUGUGGACAUGAAUUCUCAGUCAUUUAAGCCCACCAUUGACAUGGAAUUUAAUAACAGAAAUACACAAGAAAAUGAUGAAAUUAUAACUACUGAUACUGACGAAACCGUACCUACUACGGUACCUAUGACAAGUACAGAAAAAAUCGUUACAAUAACGCAAAAGCCAAGGAUUCACUCUCACAUAAGACCAACUUUAAACGCAUCCGAACUAAGAAGGCAAGCUUUUAACAAUAGACUUAAUAAGAAACGUAUGAAGCAAAAGAAGCAAUCUGAGGAAGAAUCUAACGAUGGGGUGAGAAACGAUGUCUUUGCAAUGGGUAACUUGGUGCCUGCAUCAGAAUUUAUUGCUAAAACGCAAGGAACAACAAAUGCAAACAAUAGGGAUAACAUGACUACACUGGAUGAUUUUACUACCGUCACAGAAUCGACCACUGGAUCGCAAAAUCGUUUCAGAUCAACCAAGUCGCCUAGUACAAGAUCUUCUAUAAUACCUAAAAUUCAACCCUAUAUGUCUGUAACAGAAGAUACGGCGAAAUUUGAAAUAGAAGAAAUUCUUAAUGACACAACAACAAGGGCAAGACUUUCGAGAAUACUGAAGGAAAGAAACAUGACAUUAAGCGAAUUGGUAGAACAUAGAGAGCGUGGUUCAAGUCAUGUGCACUUAGCGGAUAUAUUUCACAAUGCUUCGAAAGAGCCAAAUCCUCCAGAGCCAUUUUUGUCCAAGUCUCUGAUUGAACCUAUAUCUAAGGAAACCUAUCCUUUAAGAGCUCUCUUAGAAGCCAAUCUUCAUGACCCUAAGUCUAAUUUAGAUUUAAAUGCCCUUAAUUCAAACUAUCUGAACAUUCCUGUUGUUAUGGAUUUUGGAAAUAAUGUGAAUGAAAAUGGUGAAAAUAUGGGCAUAAUGUCAUUAUUUAGUAAUACAAGUCGAUACAACGAAAAUAAAGGAAAUCAAAAUCAUAUGAACACAAAAGAUAUAGUUCCUUCGAACACCGAAACUGAAAGUGAGCAAAAAUCUGGACGAGAGGGUCGUACCUUUAAUACUGAUAAAGAGAUAGUUAAUUGGAAUAAUAUAUUUAAACUCCUUCACAAUAACAAUAAUCAAACAGAUUCAGAAGAACUUCUUCAGCCCAGAGUGUCUUCGAAAGCAGACCCAAUUAAGAAAAUUUUAUUAGAAGAGGAUGAUGAUGGUGACAGCGUUAUUGUAUUUGAAGACUUACAACAUCUCAAUGAUAAAAAUAUUGCAUCUUCAAACGAGGAGAACCUUGAAGUAAAAUUAUUGGAAACAAUAGAGGAAAGGCCGUCGAUACCCGCUUUUAACACAUCUAGUAAUGCGCGAUCAGUUACGGUGGUAACAGCAAGUAUCAUAGGUUUGGCUCUUGUAUUGUUUUUACUGACAUAUGCUGCAUUUAAAUGGAAACAACAAAGUAAAAUUAUUGAAAGCAAACAGUGCACCAAUGAAGAAAGAAUUCCCUCACCAGUGUUUGAAAGUCGAUCAGCAAAAAAUAACAGCAGCACGAGAAGUAAAAGUCCUAUGCUAACCUCAAAUAUUUAUUCAAUUAAUACGUUAGAUACACACGCUGAUGCCGAUUCACCUGAAUACAUGUGGGACUCAUUAAGAAAACCAUUCCAAUAAAUAUUGUUGCAUUUGUCGUGAGAUUAGACUGAAAUUAAGCAUAAUUUAUUUUUAAUACGUUUAAUUGGAUUAAGAUUAUGAAUUAAGAAAUAUAUAUGAAUAGCUUUUGAAGCUGAUUAAAUUUAGGAUUUAAUUGAAAUAAGCCACAAUGACCAACACAUUACGCUUAGCAGGGCUAAGAUUGUUUUGUGAUUGAUUCAAUAUUGGUGCUCAGUAUUACGUGGCAAGUGCAAUAAUUAAGACAAGACUAUAUAUGUUUGUGUAAAGUGUGUAUUUCAGGGAUUGAAUAAAUAUAUUAGUGAUAUUGA